AUGGUGGUUGCAGUGAAGCGUCUCAGCGAGGAAGACGCCACCUGGAGGUUUAAGGAGUUCGAAACCGAGAUGGAAGCCAUAUGUAGGGUUCAGCAUUGUAACAUUGUAAGGUUGAGAGCUUAUUACCAAGCCAGUGAUGAGAAGUUGUUGGUUUAUAAUUUCAUCUGCAAUGGAAGCCUGUACAAUGCACUACAUGAAGAUCGGCUAGAGGCGGCGCUAGCGUCGACACUGGAGCUGAUGAAGAUGAAGGCUAAGCUUUUAACGAAUAAAUCGGACACCAAUGUGCUGUGGAAACAAAUCGAUGCUCGAUGUCAGAGUCGAAGGAGUUAG